AUGCUUACCUACAACACGUCACUGACGGCAAAGCAGGAGAACAAGCUCUCAUUUUACGACUCCGAUACGAGUGCGGACGAGGUCAAACGUGCAUUCAAGAGCCCGCGAGUAAAAGCCUCGCCCUUCAAGAUCUCUAAAGCGUCGCGAAGGUCCAAGUCUCGAUCUCCAGCAGUACCAACCUCAGCCACCAGGAGAGUACCCUCGCGACAAACGCCAAAGAUUCGUCUCCGCCACGAUGACUCUCAGAUCAAAUUCGAACCUAUUAUUUCCUCACCAUCAAACCCGUUCCAGCAAGAAUCACAGGUAUUGACCGACCGUCAAAAAGAGAUGAUCGAUCGUCAAAGGCUCAGCACUGGUAUAUUCGCAAAGAUGGGCGCCGUCUCACCACAGCCAGAGGAUGUGCCAUCGCCGAUGGAGAUACACUCGGAUGCAAUGACUGCAGAUGACCUGCCAGACACCGCCUCUCGGGCAACUCCGCUAAAGGCUCUCGCAGCCAUGGGUCCUAUGGACGGCUACCUUGGCUCGUCGCCGACGCCACAUUCGCGUAAAAAUACUCGUCACAUUGUGAGCGAGGACACUGACAUUGCAACGCCGACGGCCGUGCGAAGCAUACAGUUUGCGAACGAUGACUUGAACUCUUCGCCGCCUCAGUUCAGCAAGGACGACAGGUCUAACAACAAGCAAAGCGAGCCUGAUGUUCUCGUGGGAUCUAGCUUUGAGUACCGUCAACCAGAAAGCUCGGUUUCGAUCUCCUUUGAUGAAGGAACCACAAUCGAUGAGGAAGCACUGCUUGACGCUGUUGCGCUCCACGACAAUACGCAAAUGGAACCCGAACCUCCUUCAGACACGAUCAUGUCAGACGUGCCAAGUUCCACCAUAGACCUGCAACUCACAGCGCAAAUCGACGCCGAUAUGCAAGUACAUGAUACUCCUGCAGAAGCGACAGAGUCCGCACAAUCAGAUUCGAACGCCGAAUACGUCGAUGCCGCAUCACAUCCACAGUCAUCAAUGCUGGAGGACCAAGCUGGUAGCGACACCGAAGUAGACGAGUCCCAGACACCAACCCGCGGUCCUGCCCGCCGAUCUCCGCGCAAGAGCUCCCAAGCCAACACAAGCAGCACCAGCCGAGUAGGCGACUCUUUCGACAACAGCUCCGCGAAGGGAACGCCGUACUCCCUGCGUAGUUCCUCCCGUCACUCCAUGGGCAGCCCCUCCCGACCUCCAAGCGGCAAGAAACCCAGACGCACACCCGCAAAGAACAAGAAGAAUGGCAAGAAACAGACGCAAGAGAGUCCUGCGCCUGCCCCAGCUGUCGUUCCUGCCCCGGUAUCAGAACCAGAACCAGAACCAGAACCAUCCCAACCCUCCGACACCGACAUCCUCGACAACAUCACCGUCGCCGCCCCAGUCCCAACUUCCAACCCGCGAGGCAAGAAACGGAAAUCCACACACACUACCACCACCACCUCCUCCACCACUGCAACCACCACAACCAACGAACCCCCCACCCCCGUCCCCGCAUCAACAACUCGGAAGCAAAACCUGCGCCGCUCCCAAUCCCUCCUCUCUCACGUCGAAAACACGCAGGAUAUCACUGUGGUGGAUGAAACUCCAGCGCCUAAGCGGGCGAGACAGAGUGCGGAUCAGGAUGUCAGUGAAGCGAGAAGAUCGACGCCGACGCCGGGAAGUAGUGGGAGUAAGAGGUUGAGUCAUGUGCAGGUUAGUCCACGGCCGAGGUCGGCUGGGUCUGGGAAGAUGGAGGGAGGUGGGAAGGAUGAGGGUGGGGAUGGGGAGAUGGAGAUGGAGGUGGUGGAGGGGGGUGAGGAUGUGGUGGAGCUUCAAGCUCGAUCAGAAGGCGAAGGAGAAGUCGAAGUCGAUGUUUCGUCUCAGCAACCUUCCCAACCCGCACACCCACCACCAGGAACAGAAACAGACACACCCACCCGCACCUUCGCCGAACGCGUCAUCCUCACCCCCCGCAGCAUCAUCAACCAGCUUAAGAGCCUCAAGGAAUAUCUGUUCCGCACUCCGAGUCUGGUUCUAGGGCGCGAGGAGGAGAGGGAGAUUGACGAUGCGUUGUUUGAUAUUAAAAGGCAGGUGCAUGCUGCGGGGUUGAGGGGGGAGGGUGAAGAUAGGAGUGGGAAGUAG